GAUGUUUUUUCCAGCUCUAUUAAAAAGUGUGCUUGGAAACAAUUUUUAGUUUUUCGAGUUGUUUAAUCAAUAUUCACGCUUGACAUCACAUUGUGCUGGUGAAAAAUAGCAACUAUCAGAGCCGGAAUAUACAAAGCAAAAUGAAAAUCGAGGAAGUAAAGAGCACUGUGCGCACACAGCGCAUUGCCGCCCACAGCCACGUGAAGGGCCUCGGUCUGGAUGAAGCCGGCACGGCCUUGCAGAGUGCCGCCGGCCUGGUGGGCCAGAAGGCUGCCCGCGAGGCGGCUGGCAUAGUUGUGGAUCUGAUCAAGUCAAAGAAGAUGGCCGGACGUGCUCUUCUCCUGGCCGGGCCACCCGGCACCGGAAAGACUGCGAUUGCCCUGGCCAUAGCCCAGGAGCUGGGAAACAAGGUGCCCUUCUGUCCGAUGGUUGGCUCCGAGGUGUUCAGCAAUGAGAUCAAGAAGACGGAGGUGCUCAUGGAGAACUUCCGCCGCUCCAUUGGUCUGCGCAUUCGCGAGACCAAGGAGGUCUACGAGGGCGAAGUGACGGAGCUGACCCCCGUGGAGACGGAGAAUCCAAUGGGCGGCUACGGCAAGACCAUCAGCAACGUAGUGAUUGGCCUCAAGACUGCCAAGGGCACCAAGCAGCUGAAGCUGGACCCCAGCAUCUUCGAUGCCCUGCAGAAGGAGAAGGUUGAGGUGGGCGAUGUCAUCUACAUUGAGGCCAAUAGCGGUGCCGUGAAGCGUCAGGGGCGCAGCGACACUUUUGCCACAGAGUUCGACCUCGAGACCGAGGAGUAUGUGCCCCUGCCCAAGGGCGAUGUCCACAAGAAGAAGGAGGUCAUACAGGAUGUGACCCUGCACGAUUUGGAUACGGCCAAUGCCCGUCCCCAGGGCGGCCAGGACGUGCUCUCGAUGAUGGGGCAGCUAAUGAAGCCCAAGAAGACCGAAAUUACAGAUAAAUUGCGCAUGGAGAUCAACAAGGUGGUCAACAAAUACAUCGAUCAGGGCAUUGCCGAGCUGGUGCCUGGAGUUCUGUUCAUCGAUGAGAUUCACAUGCUGGAUCUGGAGACUUUCACCUAUCUACACAAGUCCCUGGAGUCGCCGAUUGCGCCCAUUGUGAUCUUUGCCACCAAUCGUGGUCGCUGCGUCAUUCGUGGCACCACCGACAUUGUCUCGCCCCAUGGCAUUCCUUUGGAUCUGCUCGAUCGCUUGCUGAUCAUCCGCACUCUGCUCUACUCCACCUCGGACAUGGAGCAGAUCAUCAAGUUACGCGCCCAGACCGAGGGCCUGCAGCUGGAAGACCCAGCCUUUGCACGCCUCAGCGAGAUUGGAACCAGCUCGACGCUGCGCUAUGCCGUCCAGCUGCUGACGCCGGCCCAUCAGAUGUCUAAGGUUAAUGGACGCACUCAGAUCACCAAGGACGACAUUGAGGACGUGCACUCGCUGUUCCUCGAUGCCAAGCGCUCAUCGAAGCAUCUUUCCGAGAAGAAUAAUAAGUUUAUGUUGUAAGUUUCUCAUAUCCACACUAAUUGUAUUUCCAUAUGUACGGAUUUAACAGUAAAACUUAAAUUUAAAUGUUAA